AUGAACACCCUACUCACCAGAUCGAACGCCGUCUUUGCGUUCACCCUCUCCAAUCUGGCCGUUCUCACUGCCUUUCUCGUCCUCUCCACCUUGUUGACGGACUACUCGAAGGUGGUGGACGUGAGGAUCAACACGGUGCGGAAGGUGGUGAAGAACGUGGCCGACUUCUCCGCCGGUCGAGAGCGCAACGACCUGGGCUUCAUCUCCUUCGACCUGGAGGCGGACUUUAGUCGCGUCUUUGACUGGAACACCAAGCAGCUCUUCCUCUUCCUGACCGCCGAGUACCAGACCAAGAACAAUGUCCUGAACCAGGUGGUCCUCUGGGAUCACAUCAUGCUGCGUGACCAGAACCCGAAGCUGUCACUGCGCGACCAGCACACCAAGUACUACUUCUGGGACGACGGCAACGGCCUGGUGGGCAAUGAUAACGUCACCCUAACUCUCAGCAUGAACGUCAUCCCCAACGCCGGCUUCCUGCCCAUUCACUCGGUGCCGCAGUCACUGCAUCGAUUCACCUUCCCUAACGUCUACGCCGCCAAGAGCUAG